AUAUAUAAAUGUAAAAGAAACAUGCACAAGAACCCACAUUUCUUAGUAGACAAAUAUAAGAUAAGAACCUCUUGAAGAGUGAUAGUGAAUUUCUCACUACUCAGCAAGCAUGGCCAACCACUUAUCGCAAUACGCCGUUCUCCUUCUCCUCAUUACAUCAAGUUCUCUUAUGAUCAUGGUGGCAAGUAGUGAAGUGUGCAACAAGGACGGUGGUGGUGUUGGGGAUGAUAAUUGCUCAUCAUUGCAACAGAAAAAAUGUCAAGGGCAGACACUUUUGCCAGGAGCAGAGUGUGUUGACCAAUGGUGUAACAUUAUGUGUGAUGUUAAGUACCCUCACCGGGGAGCUUCUGGAAAAUGCUCUGGCUUCUAUAGGCGUCCAACUGGCCCUGUCUGCAUUUGCACCUUCAACUGUUUGUGAUGAUGAAAUAGUGUGUUGAUCAAAAGCUUACAUGAAUUACAAACUAAUAUAUGAGUUUGAUCAUUUUUAAA